CAAAACCACACCGCAGACAGCUCCACUUUCCCCUUGGUCUCCUCUCGACAUGUUUCCCCUGCCGCUCCUCGGUCUGCUUUUUAUCUCAGCCUCGGGAUUCGAGCCACCGGCGGAGAAGAAGAAAGAGAAGGAGAGUGAAGAGGAGCCGGAGUGUCAUGGAGGGGAGAAGAGGAAGAGUAAAUAUGACACAAUAUUCACCAGAGGAGACCUGCUGGAGGUUCCCAGGACUCUCUUCAUACACUUUGGGAUUUACCUGGGUGGAGACAGAGUAGCUCAUUUCAUCCCAGACAUCAUGCCCGUCAUCUCCAGUGACCAGUAUCGGAUCAGUCAGAUGGUCUCCAACACCAGACUCCUACUUGGAGUACUGGCUAAGUGUGGCAGUGUGAGGGUGGACUCAGUAGAGGACUUUGCCUAUGGAGCAGACAUACGGGUCAACCCUAUGGAUAAGGUAUUAAGCCACGCAGUGCUGAAAGGGGAGGAUGUGGCCAGAAGGGCAGAGAAGCUAGAGGGAGACGUGCCCUACAGCCUGCUGUGGUACAACUGUGAACACUUUGUCAUGUACUGCAGAUACGGCACUGUCAUGAGCUUCCAGACAUUUCAGUUCUGUAAGACGAUGAGGAAGCUGCUACUGAGUCAGCGUGUUGCCAAGUCAGCGGCAGUGCUGGCACUGUGUUGGGUGCUUUACCUGCAGGCUGUGAGUCUGUGCUCUGUGCUACUGGCUGUUAUACUGCCUUUCCUCAUCUGGAUGGCCUCAUGAAGAAAAAC